AUGGUCGAUUUGAAAGAUUUUAAGCCGUCAACGUUUCCAAGAUUGCCGCAUGAUGGCUACAAAGUUUCGACGACAGAGAGGAUCCACCUGACAAUCGCAAGUCACAAGGAUGAUGGCGGCGUAAUCAACGCGGUUCUGAUCUUAGCGGUGGCGUGGGGAACAGUGCUGGCUAGUUAUACAGAUUCGGACGAUGUUCUGUUUGGUCUCGCGCAGUCGCAAUCGGCUGUGCGGCCAUGCCCUUUGAGGCUUCAACGCGAGGAACCAGUUACGGCGGCAUUGAACCAGGCGAUAGAAAUCACCAACGAGUCCAACAGAAAGCUAGAUGGGUUCCAGAAUGUUUUGAUUAUUCAGAAUGAUGGCGGUCGAAGUUCUGAUGAGAGCGAGAUUCCAUUUCCCCUCGCAAUAAUCUGUCACAUUCGAAAAGAAGAGACGCAGAUCCAGGCCAUAUUCGACAGCAAGCUUCUCAUACGAGAGACAGUUGAAAUCAUGUUGUUCCAACUGCGUCACGUUUUCAUUCGUAUUAUACAAAAUCCUCAGACGCCUCUGGCUGAGCUACAAGGGACAGGUCCCGAAGGCCUCGAAAAGAUCCUCCACUGGAACACAGCGACAGCUCCUCAGCGCAAUGAAAUACUAUGCCAUCGUCUCAUUGAGCAACGCUGUGAAGAACAGCCAUCCGCACCUGCGGUCUGUGCUUGGGAUGGCAUGCUCACUUACGCCGAGUUGGGUGUACAAGCGUCCAGACUAGCCAGUCGCUUGGUUAAAGCUGGAAUCGGGCCAAAUCGAUUUGUCGGCCUGCUCAUGGAAAAGUCUAUGUGGACGACCGUCGGGAUCUUGGCUGUGAUGAAAGCUGGGGGAGCGUUGACCUUGAUGGAUGCCUCACAGCCCGUGCAGCGUCUGGCCCUGAUGUGCCGCAAGGCCCAACCGCGGGUGCUGCUGGUGUCGCCCAAGCACAAUGCAGUCGCGGAAGAGCUCGAGGUCCCGGUUUUGAUGGUACCUGGUAAUCAAGAGCAGGAUGAAAUCCCGUUUACCACAGCCAAUUCACAGAUUAAGACCGUCCGACCUUACAACAAUCUCUACGCUGGAUUCACGUCCGGCUCCACAGGCGAGCCCAAGGGGUUCGUGAUGGAUCAUACGGCGUUUUGCAGCGGUCUCGAUGCUUAUUGCGAACAAUCCGGCUUGACAUCUCAAUCGCGCGUGUUCCAAUUCGCCUCUCAUGCUUUCAUUAUCAGUCUGACAGACCAAAUCGCUCCUCUUACCCAGGGCGCCUGUAUCUGUCUGCCAUCCGAAGACCAAUUGCAGAACGACUUGGCCGGUGCAAUCCGUGACCUCAAUGCAAAUUGGGCCAAGCUAACGCCAUCUGUCCUUCGCCUUCUGGAACCUGCAGAUAUCCCUGGACUACAGACCUUGAUCACCGUGGGUGAACCUAUGGGUGCAGCCGAGGUAACCAAAUGGCAACGAAGUGGUAUCUCCCUUCUCUCAUUAUACGGACUUUCCGAGAACUCCAAAGGUGGCAUGUUCACCAGUCGCGAUGACUCAAGCUGCGAUAGUUGUAAGUUCAACCGGCCAUUCUGUGCCACGCCUUGGAUAGUCAGUCGUCACGAUCCGAAUAUCCUCAUGCCCGUUGGUGCUGAAGGAGAGAUGCUUUUCGAAGGGCCCUGCGUGAGCAAGGGGUACAUAGAUAACGAGGAGCAAAAUCGUAUGACAUUUGUGGAGGAUCCCGCUUGGCUCAAGCAGAUCCGCUCGGAUGGUCGUGGCAGGUUCCUGCGGACUGGCGAUCUUGUCAGAUACAAUCCAAAGAACGGAACUUUAAACUUGCUUGGCCGUAAGGGAACACGGAUCAAGAUCCGCGGCCAACGCGUCGAGCUCUCUGAGAUUGAAUACCAUUUGCAUACGCAAUUUGACAACACCAAAGAGCCAGCUGUAGUAGAGGUGGUUGUUCCAUCUGACGACUCGCAGCGCGAUCCAAUUCUGGUUGCCUUUGUGCCUGUGGAGAAACCUGGGCCAUCACUGCAAGAACACAGCCGACUCGAAAACCUUUUUGUCCGUCCUAGCAAGCAAUUCCGCCAAAGGGCACAAACUACCUUGCUGAACCUCAGCAAAGUUCUUCCCAGUUUUAUGGUUCCAUCAGCCAUCGUUGCGACUACAGCUCUACCACGGACGCCUACUGGCAAGCUGCAUCGACGAAUGCUGCGCGAGAAAGCAUCGAAGCUAUGCCGCAGAGAUCUCCUCGCGUAUACUUCUAACGAGACUGCCCACCAAGAUCCUAUCACGAAACAGGAAACCAUUCUCCAACAAGUUUGUACUGAAGUGCUUGGGCUCCCGCUGGACGCCGUUGGAAUGCAAGCCAACUUCUUGGACCUUGGGGGCAACUCAAUCCUUGCCCGCCAAUUAGUAACGCAAGUCCGUAAGAGCGAUUUGCACAUUACCGUGGCUGAUGUGCUCCGGCAGCCAUCUCUGUCUAAGCUUGCAUUGUGUGAUAAAAGCAGCAGUGACAGCGCAGCUUUAGCGCUAGACGAUGUCGCCACGGACCCAUUCGCAGACUUACGAACUGACCUUCUCUCCAAUCUCCCGGCGUCCUGGGACGCUGAAGAUAUUGAGGACGUUCUUCCGACGCAUGAGGAGCAGGAGUACAUGGCGGCAUGGCCUGAACUUGACUAUCAUCUGUUUGAGUUAACAGGCCCUGUUGACGCAGACCGGCUCCAUCGCGCGUGUCAAGCCCUUGUCACGAACCAUACCAUUUUGCGUUCCGUAUUUAUCCCAUUUCGUGACACAAUGCUCCAGGUUGUUCUGCGCCAUGUAAAUGCUUCCUUUUCUGCUUACGCCUCGAUGGACCAAGACGCGCUGAGCUGUGCUCUUGCCUACCGCGAGGCAGAUCUGCAGCAGCCACAUCGCGCUGAUAAGCCCAAACUGGAGUUCAAACUAAUUCAAGAUGCACCAGAGCAUUUUAUCUUGCAUUUUCGGAUUCUCCAUGCCCAGUACGAUGCGGUCUGCCUUCCAAGAAUGCUAUCCGACCUCUGGACUGCUUACGAUGGCCGGGACAUCGACGUUGUAUCCGAUUAUUCCGAUUACGCUCGUGAGUGUUCCCGGCAGAGAAAACCCGCCGCGUACCACUUCUGGCAAGACCUUCUCAAAGACUCCAAGAUCACACCGGCUCCGGUCGGGGAGGUGCCAGUACCAGACGAGCAACGAAUAGCCUUUGAAGUGGAUAUGCCUCUCGUCACACCCCCGUCUGGGAUAACCAUGGCCACUGUGAUCAAAGCUGCAUGGGCAAUUGUCCUGAAGGAGUUCACUGAAACCACAGAUGAUCUUGUUUUUGGUCAGUUUGUCAAUACCCGCAACCUGUCGCUGCCCGGAAUCGAUGACAUAGUCGGUCCAUGUUUCAAUGUGAUCCCGGUACGGGUUCCGCGGACCAUGUUAUCACGCUCUAUAUACGAUCUGCUUCAGACAAUCCAGUCUCAGCACGCGGAAUGCAUUGAUUUUGAGACUAUUGGCUGGAGGGACAUGUUCCAAAGGCCGGGAGAUCCCACCGCCGAUCUCCCUGGUUCGGUGGUUAAAUUCCAGAACUUCAACCCCGAACCGGAACGACAUAUAGGCCAGCUGCACUGUCGAAAGCUGCCCCAUAUGUACUUUAAAAUCCCACCAUUCAAGACAGUCUAUCUGAUUGUGUAUCCCAGACCGACGAAGAUUAUAUUGGCUUUGAAGUCGUCGAAUGCGAUGCUCCGGAAAGAGGAGUCGGAGAAAGUGUUGGACCGACUCCGGCAGGUGAUGCAAGAGAUAUGCAGUACAUAG